CCCCGCGCUGUGGCGACAUCGCCCCUGCGCGGCUCUCCCGGCUCAGUUUGCUCUGGUCCCCGAGCUAGACCAGGCUUUGGGCGGCGGUGCCGGGUGCCGGGCGGGCUCACGCACCCUGGACACCGCCGGUAGUGCUUCCCGUGUGCGACGCAGCGUUCAGCGGCCCAGACGGGGAGUUUUUAGACGUUCCAAGUGGAAGCACGCGGCGGCGUGUGGACACCUCGCCCGCACCGCAGGACCUUGCAGAGGCUUGCGAGGAAGGCUGGGACCGGGGGUCCCCCUCCUGUGCCCCGGGGCGCCCGGAAGCCUGCCCGCCACCCGUGCCGGCCCCUCGCCACCGCACAGCCACCUGCGCUCAUUAAAUGCCCCACACUGUACUGUGACCCAGGUUCUGCGUUCUUGGAAGGGCAGCCCUUCCUGUGACCGUGAAAAAGGCACCCAAAUACUUAUUUUCCGGAACGCGCUGGUCUUGUCUGGAGAAAUGGAUGCCAGAGACAAGCAAGUCCUCCGCUCUCUGCGUCUGGAGCUGGGUGCGGAGGUCUUGGUGGAGGGACUGGUCCUGCAGUACCUCUACCAGGAAGGGAUUUUGACAGAAAACCAUGUUCAAGAAAUCAAAGCCCAAACCACAGGCCUCCGGAAAACAAUGCUGCUGUUGGAUAUCCUGCCUUCCAGGGGCCCCAGAGCAUUUGAUACCUUCUUAGACUCCCUCCAGGAAUUUCCCUGGGUAAGAGAGAAGCUGGAGAAGGCAAGAGAUGAAGCCACAACUGAGCUGCCUACAGGUGACUGGAUGGCUGGAAUCCCUUCACAUAUCCUCAACAGCUCCCCGUCAGACCGGCAGAUUAACCAGCUGGCCCAGAAGCUGGGCCCGGAGUGGGAGCCCGUGGUGCUGUCUCUGGGACUGUCCCAGACUGACAUCUACCGCUGCAAGGCCAACCAUCCCCACAACGUGCAGUCACAGGUAGUGGAGGCGUUUGUCCGCUGGCGCCAGCGCUAUGGGAAGCAAGCCACCUUCCUGAGUUUGCACAAGGGUCUCCAGGCUGUGGAAGCAGACCCCUCGCUGCUCCAACACAUGCUGGAGUGAUCCUACCCCCGCCACUUGCUGGGGCGUGGGCCCCCAAGUCACACAGGCUGAACUGGACUUUCACUCAGCAAGUGGCUUUGUUCUGGGUUCGUUCUCUUUUUCUGUUUUAUUCUUUUUAGUGAGCCUUAGGUGGAAGGAGAACAUCUGGAUUCUACUGGCUCGAUAAUCCAAUGACUUUAAUUGCUCGAAGACUGAUUGCAUUGCUGUAACUGCAGUUUUGAACUGCCUUUUAACAGAAGUCCAGAAGAAAACAAAAGACCAUGCUACCAUGUUGCGUGCAGGUGUCCUACAUACAAAGCAUUUACGUUGCCUGGAAACUGGACUGUGGACUUAACUGUUCAUAAUGAUGAUGAGAAUAAAAAGUGAAUUGUGCUAUAGAAUGUGCCUCUUCCAUGAGAAAGUAUGCCUCCCCCAUUCUUCUGCUGCAGACAGAGGCUGUAAAAUGGCCGGAGGGGAACAGGUCUGAUAGCAGCUUGAAAUAGUGGGAAUGAGUAGCUCGGGUGAAUGGCUUCAGCAUGGGACACCAAAGCUGCCGCAGAGACCAGGAGGAGAACUUAAACCCUUCAUCCUAACAGAUUGCAUAAGAAAUCUCUGUCCAUUUACUAAAGGUAAUUGGGUCUGAGACAAAGGAGACUCAGUGCUUCCCUUGAGGCCCGAACGGCUGAAGGUGUUGCGUCCCUGCUGGGGUGGGGGAGGUCAUGGGUUGUCUCACUUUUCAUUGGGAGCACAGUGUUAACCAGACAGGUGUACAAUCCCAGUUCUUAAUUGACUGAGGCAGGAUGAUCGUUUCAAGGCCCAGCCUGGGCUGUGACUACAUAGAGUUCCAGCUUCAGUUAUUACCAAGACCCUGUCUCAAAAGCAAAUACAUAAAAAUUUACUAUGCAGGGUUUCUAGAAUGUUUCAGGGCUUGUUCACUUGUGCGUUCUUGUCUGGGCCUCUCAGCAGCCCUGUGAAGCACGUAUGCAAACGUGAUUCGCUCCUCCUUCAGCGGUGGCAGGACCAGUGGAGGCUAACUAAGCUAGAAUGUGGUUUGCUUCUGCAUGAAUGGACUGGAGGCAGGCAGGAUGCUUUCAAAGACGCAAAGGCGCCCAUAGGGGCUGUGGAUGUCGCUCAGUUGGUAGGGUGUUUGUCCAGCAUGCUCAAAGUCUCAGUACCUCAUGAACUCAGUGUGGCGGGCAAACCCAUGAUCUCAGCACUCCAGAAGGUGGAGGCAGGGGAUCAGAAGUCCAGUGUCACCCUGGUCUACAUAGUGUAUUCAAGCCCAGCUUAAGCUACAUGUAAAUGUGUUAAAAAGGUUAGGUAGACAUUCCCUUUGUCCUUCAUGGUGACCAGAGAGCCCAGUUUUUAAUUCUAUAGAAAUUUCAAGGAGACAAAAGCAGACUGCUUCUCUCCCUCCGCCCAAGGACAAGCCAAUGAAGAGGCUGAGGUGGAUGAACAUGAAGAACGAUGCUCAGAAAGGUGGCAGUGGUGUGGUGACGUCCUUUCUGGUACCCUCUCUCCCUUUACCGGGAACACCAACUGUGCCACAGUUCAUCAUUCAGUAAACACGCUCCCCAAAGCAUUAUGUACUGGCCACACCCACUCUGAUUUUCCAUCCUGUGGUCUUCUAGUCAACACUUCCUUAUUUUAUGAAACUCCUGUUUUUGGCCAUGUCACUGUACCCGCUGGUAGACUGCUCUUCAAUAGAGUCUUUAAUAAACUACUUAUUGUUUUGAA